AUGGCCAGGCUCUGCAGCGGAAGGCUGGCUUUUCAGCAUCUCUGUCUCUGUCCUCAGUGGCAGGUUCUGAAUAAGGCGAAGAGUCAUAUUCAGGAACUGGAACAAAACCUGGAUAAUCUGCUGAAGCUGAAAGAAUCCUUCAACCUGGAGGAUGGGAAUGCAAACAGCUUAGAGGAGGUCAAGAAAGAAUAUGUCAACAUGUACUCCAGAAAUCAAAGCCUGGUCUUGAACCAAGUUCUGCAGAAAGGUUCUGCCACCUGGUGCCCCACUGAAGCCCCUGAGAAGGACACUGAGGAAGAGGAGGAAGGGGAGGAGGAAGACCAAGAAGAGGAUGAAGACGAGGAGAAGGGGGAAGAGGAGAAAGUGGAGCUCCCCCACUCCCCAGCCGCCUCACCGCCGGACCCCCUGGAGUUCGAACGGUAUCUCAGCUUCUACAAGCAGACCAUGGACCUUCUGACUGCGAACGGCAUUGUCUCCUCUCAGGAGGUGACUCUCCCCAUCGUCUCUGCGGCCAUCUCCCACCUGUGGCAGAACCUCUCUGAAACAAGGAAGGCCAGCCUCCUGCAGGUCUGGGCACAGAUACACAGCAGCCUCCCAG